AUGGGGAAAAAGAUAAAAUACUCUUUGUUUUUCCAUUGUAGUGCAUUUGCAACACUCGAAGAAGAAGCGUGUACAGAGCUUGUGCCAUACUUAGGUUUCAUUCUUGAAACAUUGGUGUUUGCCUUCAAUAAAUACCAGCACAAGAAUUUACUUAUCCUGUAUGAUGCCAUUGGUACCUUGGCUGAUUCAGUUGGUCACCAUCUGAACAAGCCAGAGUACAUCACAAUGCUAAUGCCACCACUUAUUCAAAAAUGGAAUGAACUCAAGGACGAAGACAAGGAUUUGUUUCCUUUGCUGGAAUGCCUGUCCUCUGUUGCCACGGCAUUGAGAUCUGGCUUCCUUCCUUAUGCAAGACCUGUUUUUCAGAGAUGCGUAUCACUGGUGGAAAAGACACUUGCGCAGAGCUUGGUAAGCCAACAGAUCUGAAAUUCUGAAACUAUA